AAUGCCUCCAGACACGGGAGAUUGUCAUCUACUCCGUAGAAGGCCGCGCACUAGAAGGCGAUUGCCCAAUGAAGGGAAUCCUUCAUCGAAUCUUUGCCCUAAGGCAUCAGACUCUAGCAGAACUUAACAGUAGCUGCAAAUCAUUUUGCUUUUCAUGACGCAAUGCCGACUAUCUUCCGUUCAAAUGGCUCGCCCUCUCCUUCUCCCGGGUUCCCCACUCCUUCACCCCCUUUCCCCCUCUCCCUGCCUCGUCCAUUCUCAGUCGGCUCGGCGUUGGUCCCUUCUUUUGUUUUUUUUUUUUUUUUUUUUUUUUUCUCUUUUCUUCCCUUUUUUUCUUUUUUUCCUUUUUUCUUUUUUUUACACGCACACAGUAUUUUCUUUUCUAGGUUUUCUUCCCUCUUUCGGACGAGAGACUCGUACUCUCUGCCCCAGCCUCCCCCAAGUCUGCCCCAGCCAGCCCUUACAGUAGGAAAGACGUGAGAGGAGGGCAAGGACAAACUGGGGCCAAGAAUAAAAAAAACUCGAUUGAGAGGGAAA